AAGGAGCGCGCUGAUUGUGAUUCCCAUCUGCAUACUGAUUAUCCAGUUUCGUGGUUCAGGGUGAGAAUCGUGGAAAAAUCUCCAUACAACGCUCGUCAAGGAUCCGUCUGCUGUUCCACUUUGGCGAUCUGCUUGAAAAGCCAGUUUUCAUUUGAUAUCUAACGUUCCUCCCGAUCAUUUCUACUGUCUGCUGCGGUUUUAUACGCUGAUUGCCCAGGCUGAUUGUGUCUCUACGCUGCAUUUUGCCAAACAGGUUCGUCAUUACAUAACCCAAAACCGCAGUAACAUGCCCGUAGCGGUGGCGAAACCCAUUAACCCCGGCUGGGAACGCAGCAGCCACGCCUCCAACACCUUCCACAUCACGGAAGUGAUCCCCGCGGGCGGGGUCCGGGCGGAAAUCCCCAGCAUCCUGGCCAAGACCAAGGAGGGCCAGGCCCUCCUGGGAUCCACCGUCACCAAGGUGACCACCACCCACACCUCCACCAAGAUCAUCACCACGCGUAUGGCCGUUGGGGAUGACACGGAAAUUGCGCGCAUUAUCGACACCAAGGCGAUGCAAAUUGCUCCGACGCUGCCGGUGGAUCUGGAUGAGAGCGCCGCGAAGGACGUCACCGACGGGAGCGACGGGCGCAAAGUGAGUUUCCCGCAAGACACACUGCAGUCGGCACGGGAUUCCACUUCGACGGCCACCCAGGCCGUGCUGUUUUCGGGACGGCUAUUGAAGAACGGCUUCCGGCUGUUCAAGAACAACUGGCAUCCCGUCGACGCGGUGAUUACACGGGACGGGGUGCUGGAAUGGACGAAUGCCGACGCCAAGGAUCAUUCGCAUAGUAUUAACCUGAAGGAGCUCCCGGCUGGAUUCGUCGUUCUCGGUCAAGCCUGCUUAGACAUUCCAGCGUAUCUCAGCCCGAAACUGCCGCGCGGUCUCAACUCGGAACACCUGGCGGCCAUCGCCCAACGCACCCCCAAGAACAAACUGAAAACCUACUGGUUCCGCCUGGAAUCCGACGACGAGAUGACCCGUUUCAAGACGGCGCUGGUGCAGAUCGUCGGUACCCAUCUCCUGCAACAGACCGGACCGGAAGUGCGCAAACUCUGGACCAACCCGGAGAUCACCAUCACACCGCCGCCCCCGGACGUCGCCGCCACGACGGUCAUCCCGGCGGUGGCGCGCGGCUCCACGGCCUUCCAGCACGCGCAGGUCCUGGCGCCCAUCACCGACACGGAGACCCCCGAGGAGGAGGUCAAGGUCAAGCAGCGCCCCGACACCCGCGUGGUGGCCGACGAGAUCAUCUCCGAGACGCGCCGGCAGGUGGAGACGCCGCGCAAGCGGAAUAUGACGGCUAAGGAGGCGUUCUUUGCGCAGCACGACAGCCGUUAGAAAAUAGAAAGGUCACAGUUUCGCGAAACUAGUUUACUCAGUUUUCUGGAGUGUAUUAUGUUUUCCGCAACAUUUUUAUACGAGUGCACGUGUCCUGGUUGCCAUGUUUGAACCUCAUUUUUCUAUGGUAUUAUUUGGUUUUCUAGAUCUUGGUUAAGGUUGGAACAGUGCUUUUAUGAAUGGUGCUGUUGUCCGCUUUGCGCCAUAAUCAUCGAGCUUAUUACUCAAUACUCGUAGUUAUUAUUCAGUUAUCAUCAUUUUUACCCACACUGCUGUGCAGUAAUUAUGUUUUGCAACAUGCCUCUUGUUCCGUGAAUUUUUGCAAAAUCCAAUGUUUUAUGUGA